AAUUAUUUUAUCUUUUAUAAUAUUUAUUACCAGAUAAUGAAAUGAUAAUAGAUACACAAUAUUUUGUACGUAUAUGCUUCCUAAACAAUACGGUUGAUUGAUUAAUCCACUCUACACAUGCACCUACAUAAUUGAUGGGAGACCUAAAAGAGCGCCUACUACCUAAACCUGCCUCGGCAGCGAACCUCGGAGAUGCACCUUAUAGGCAGUUUGCAUCUUCUCGACAGCCAUUUCAAGCCGUGGAUGUUCUAGGCUUGAAAAAGCGUGGCCAAGGACUUCGAUCAUGGAUUCGUGUUGAUGCUUCUACGGGGGAUUCUCAAGUUAUCGAGGUCGAUAAGUUCACUGUGAUGCGACGUUGUGAUCUUCCUGCUCGUGAUCUUCGUUUACUGGAUCCGUUAUUCGUAUACCCUUCAACAAUUUUAGGCAGAGAGAAGGCGAUAGUUGUGAACUUGGAGCAGAUUCGUUGCAUUAUAACCGCCGAUGAAGUUUUGCUACUGAAUUCGCUUGAUAGUUAUGUAUUGCAGUACGUGGUGGAAUUGCAACGACGAUUGAAGGCAACCGGGACAGGUGAGGUUUGGCAGUCAGUAGGAUCUGACUUAAAUAGAUGGAGAGAAAGUAGUAGAGAUUUUGGGGAUGUAUCUGGGAACACGUCAUCUGAUUAUUUGCCAUUUGAGUUCAAGGCUCUAGAAAUCGCUCUUGAAGCUGCUUGUACGUUUCUGGAUACACAGGCAGCAGAGUUAGAAAUUGAAGCGUAUCCAUUGCUAGAUGAACUUACAUCAACAAUCAGUACUCUAAACUUGGAACGGGUUCGUAGACUUAAAAGCAGACUUGUUGCAUUGACCCGGAGGGUUCAAAAGGUAAGAGAUGAAAUUGAGCAGCUAAUGGAUGAUGAUGGAGAUAUGGCUGAAAUGUACCUGACUGAGAAGAAAAUGAAGAUGGAGUCAUUUUCAUAUGGCGGAGAUCAAUCUAUGUCUCUUUCUGCUCCAGUGUCUCCAGUUGCUUCACCUCCAGAUUUCCGAAAGCUUGAAAAAUCUUUUAGCUUUGCAAGGAGUAGGCAUGAUAGCAUGAGGAGCUCAGAAAGUACCAAGCAAAACAUUGAGGAGAUGGAGAUGCUGCUGGAGGCAUAUUUUGUUGUCAUUGACAGUACUCUUAAUAAGUUGACAUCGUUGAAGGAAUACAUUGAUGACACAGAAGACUUCAUCAAUAUUCAGUUGGAUAAUGUACGGAACCAGCUUAUACAGUUCGAAUUAUUAUUGACGACUGCUACGUUUGUGGUUGCCAUCUUUGGAGUAGUGGCGGGCAUAUUUGGCAUGAAUUUCCCGAUAACACUAUUUGACAGCCCCUCAGCUUUCGAAUGGGUAUUGCUGAUUACAGGAGUUACUGGAGUCAUCCUAUUCUGUUCAUUUUUGUGGUUUUACAAGUCUAGAAGAGUAAUGCCAUUUUAGGUGGUCAAUUUAUGAGUUUUUUAUAUAUAGUUGUGUUUUCUGCUGAGUCUGAAAUUGUAUAGGUUAAUAGUAUCAAAUGCAGUCAUUAUAUUGAUGAGUAGAUAACAUUUUAUUCAAUUAGCACCAACCAAGUUUAUUGAUUAGUACUCUGUAGUAAAAAAUAAAAAUACUACAAAGUACUAAUCGUAUGCUUUGUUUUGUUAGUUAAAAAGAAGAAGAAAGUUUGGAAA